AUUGACGCGCUCUUUCCUUGUCACUUCACACGCGGCUCUUUUCCAAAGUAUCCGGAGACAAGUUCCUCUGUUUCUGCUGCAAACCCACUUCCAGGAUCUUGCCAGGAUCGCGAGGAAUCCGUGCUGAUCAUCUGAAAUCAAGGCGACAUGGCACCGAAGAAGGUUGAAGAGCCGGAGCGAAAGCCUCUGAUCGGGCGCGUCGGGACGAAUCUGCGAGUGGGAAUUGUUGGGGUACCGAACGUGGGCAAGUCCACCUUCUUCAACGUCCUGACCAAGAGUGCGGCUCCGGCCGAGAACUUCCCCUUCUGCACCAUCGAUCCCAACGAGAACAGAGUCCCGGUGCCGGACGCGCGCUUCGACUUCCUGUGCGAGUAUCACAAGCCGGCCAGCAAGGUGCCGGCGUACUUGAACGUCGUGGACAUCGCGGGCCUGGUGAAGGGCGCCGCCGAGGGCCAGGGCCUGGGCAACGCCUUCCUGUCGCACAUCAGCGCGUGCGACGCCAUCUUCCACCUGGCCAGAGCCUUCGACGAUGACGACGUGACGCACGUGGAGGGCGAGGUGAAUCCCGUGCGCGAUCUGGACAUUAUUUCCGAGGAGCUGCGCCUGAAGGACGUGGACAAGCUCAACAAGGACUUGGAGAAGCUGGAGAGAGCCGUCGUCCGGGGCAAUGACAAGAAGCUGAAGCCGGAAUAUGAUUCUCUGCUGAAAGUCAAGGGCAUCUUGUGCGACGAGAAGAAACACCUUCGAUUCGCCGACUGGACAGCUCACGAUAUCGAGGUGCUGAACAAGUAUCUCUUCCUCACGUCGAAGCCCGUGGUGUAUUUGGUGAAUCUGUCGGAGAAGGACUUCAUCCGGAAGAAGAACAAGUGGCUGAUAAAGAUCAAGGAGUGGGUGGACAAGAACGACCCCGGCGCCUCCAUCAUCCCCUUCUCCGGGCUGUUCGAGACGAAGUGGGCGGAGUUCGAGCUGGACGCCGAGCGCGAGGCGUACGCUGAGGAGCACAAGGUGCGCUCCGUGCUGGACAAGAUCAUCCUCAUGGGCUACAAGGCGCUGCAGCUGGAGUACUUCUUCACGGCCGGCGCGGACGAGGUGAAGGCGUGGACGGUGCAGAAGGGCACGAAGGCGCCGCAGGCGGCCGGCCGGAUCCACACGGACUUCGAGAAGGGCUUCAUCAUGGCCGAGGUGAUGCACUACGUGGACUUCAAGGAGGAGGGCAGCGAGGCGGCCACCAAGGCGGCCGGCAAGUAUCGGCAGCAGGGCCGCAACUACACCGUGGAGGACGGCGACAUCAUCUUCUUCAAGUUCAACGCCGGCGCCGGCCUGAAGGACGCCAAGAAGAAGUGACUGCUCGUCAUCUGCAUCGUCAUACUCACCUUCCUCUACGCCAACAUGAUCCUGUACGCGCAGAGCUUCUCGCACCAGCAGUGAGAAUGUGCGGAAAGUGCGGCAAUAAAUCGUCUUGCAUUUUCA